AUUCGGGCUCCGGCGUCUCGGCGCAUCGCAUCCUCCUGCGCGCGAAAGAAAUAGAAAGAGAUCACGACGGAAAACCGCGGUCGCCAGAGUUUACUAUUCUUUCCGCAUGAAUGAAUGGAAGGCCGCAGGAGGGAGUCCCGAAAAUCUUUAUUUUACUUUAAGUCGUUCCCGUUUCCGUUUCCCAAAUGACGUCUCCGACUCGGACUUAGAGCAUGCUCCGGCUCGCAUCGCACAGACACGCGUCCAGGUUCCUCGGCGCAUCUGAGGGUCUCUCGCCACGGCCCCAAAACUCGCGUCAGGGAAGACCUCGAAGUGCAUCCAACUACUCCGGACACGCUGCGUCGUCUACAAAGAGCCGUGCCCGUACGUCGUUCUUCAAUUUCAACAGCGAGGAGUGAAACAACUGUAAAGCCGCACUCGGGCUUGAGCGCGCUCAAUGCAAACUUGGUUUCUCGUCGGUCCGGCCACUGGAAUAAAUUGGAUCACAAAAGAUGGUGACGUCGACCCGCUUCACGAGUGCGUCUGGCCGUGGGAACGAUCGUCUGCUCGUCGCCUGCAUAUUCGGUGUAUUCCUCGCCGUUAGUGACAGGUUUUGUUCGGUGCAGUGAAGAGAAAAAGAGGGCUGACUCGCUCGCUUGCGGCUACUUCGACGGAGAGAACUUUGCGAUGAAAGUGUGAGUUUGAAGUGAUGUGUUGUGGGUCGAUAGACGAAGGAGUAACACUGGUCACCGAGAAGUCCAGGAAUAAUUUGUGUGUGCCUCGUUCGGUGCGAAAGGUGCACCGAGGAGAACCUAGAGACAAGGCAGCGCCCUCUAUCGAUCACCAAGCAGGUCACGUGGAUACGCCGCCAACCACAUUGGAGAACGUCUAACAGUCCCACAGGAAUCCAAACAACUGACUUUUUUUUUCCCCUGUUCUUCGGUGACCGCCUUCCGAUUCUCGCGGCGAAGUGAAUGCGCCCGAGCAAGGGAAAGUGGCAGUGAUUUUCAGUGCGCGUUUUUAGUGCGUGCAAUUGCGUGUGCCACCUCGGAGAAGCUAAUCACGUGAUCGAGCUCAAGCACCCCCCUAACAGCUGCUCGAGCUUCGUACUGUGCACACGCAAGGAGGGUUCAAAGCAUACCCGAUAUCGACAGGAUUAUUUCUCGAGCCUUGAGACUCACUGGAACUUGCGCGCCUGGUGGCAAGCGGAGAAGAUGGUGGCGCCUCACUCAAUCCGGAGGAAUCUGGCUGAUUAGGAACCCGAGGCGUGACCACGGCACCCGCAUCGGCUGAACCUCCUUUGUCGUGCUGAGAUCGCGCAGAAUUAUGCCUUGUGCGCCUGGUGCGCGCCAGCAUGACCAACAAGGACAACUACAAGAUUGCCGACGCUGACGCCCUGUACGACCCCGUCGACCUGUACAUCGACUCGACGCCCCCGUGCGACCAGAACCGGCUCUCCCCGCGGCACGCGGUCUUCCCCAGGGCUGCCCUCAGCACUGUGCAGGACUUCGUGGAAACCACGAUAGUGCUCAGGAAAGAGCGGAACGAGCUUGGAAUAAGUAUCAUGGGGGGCAGUGAUACCUACUUGGAAGCCAUCUGCGUCAGUGAAGUACACAGAGACGGUGUCGCCUACCUGGACGGUCGAAUAAAGAAGGGCGACGUCAUUCUUGCGGUGAACGAGCUGUCUCUGCGAGACGUGUGUUCGACGGACGCUGUGCGGGCCCUGAGAGAGGCACCGUCACCGGUGAGGCUCAUGGUGCUCAGGGAGAACCCGCAGACUCUCUUCACUACCACCGAGAAGCCUUCCAAGUUCAUCACGGUUGAGAUGCGAAAAGCAAGCGUCAAGGACCGUUUAGGCAUCAGCUUCAUACAGAGAACAAAUGGACGGGGAGUCUUCAUAACGUACAUCCAACCGGGCAGCAUCGCCGCCCGGCACGGCCGCCGCGUCAUGCAGGGAGACCAGAUACUCGAGAUCAACGGUCAGAACGUGCGCGAGAGCAACCAGAAGGACGUCGCACAGAUGAUACACAACCUGGACGGUGCCAUCGUGCUGCUUCUGGGUCGGGUGCCCAGCCUGUACACGGCCAUCCAAGAGUGGGCCCGAAAGAAAGCACAACAAAGCCUCCGAACGCGCACCUCCACGUGGUCCUCGUACACUGGAAACAACAAGGAGAAGCUCCAGAUACAGAGGCCCAGCCUUCCCCUGAGCAGCGAGAGCUACGUGGUGAGCCUGGGCAACUGCGUCACCUCCAUGCUGGUGGCCACCAGCUCCCCGAGCGGACCGGCCUCCCGGUCGAGAGAAGUGAGCCCGAGCUCUUCGCUGCGCCGUUCCCGGCUCAGCAUCGUCGCCGAAGACGUGCGGCCCUCGGGCGGCGUCGCCCGGACUACGUCACUGGACGACGCCACGUCGCCCAGUGCUUCCGGUGUGCCCAGCAUCAUGGUCACCAGCUGCUGAGAGACGGCGUCCACCGUUGUGCAGUCCGGAACCUCGGCGCUUCUUUUGAUUCGAAUCAGAAGGACACGAAAGAUGCCGUCGGGUAUUCUCGCCUUGGGACUCGGCCGUUGGAGGGUUCGGCGCUUCUUCGGAGCGAGCCUCGUUCCUCGAAGCUGAUUGGUGCACCGAGCGCUUGUGGCGACCUCUGUUGGACGAUAUCCGAAGUAACCCCGGGAUCACAAGAGCUCGAGGCCGCGGUUCCGAUUCACUAUAGUGAGACUUCAAAAGUGAUGACCUGUGGUGACUUUUUUUUUCGGUGAACCUCGUGUACAAGGACCUACAGCGUACCGUGGUAAAAGAGGUGUCCCUCGUUAUAUAUACGGCAGGUGCACCGCCAGGUGCGCCUAAGAUGCACUCGGGAUUACAUGAGCGACCGAGGCUUAGCUGCGUCUCUUGUGCAACGUUCAGUUUGGGUUGAGAAUGCAACGCUAUAACGUACGCUCGCAGGCGGCGUUUGCUACCCAUUUCGGCAACUGCAGGUUUCGCGGUAGAUCACACGAUUGUUCGCAGUGUGUCAGAACGCACGACCGUUGCAACCACUGGUGUGUUAAGUGACUCGGCUGAAGCACUCAGUGUAGUGCCGAGACUGGCGCAUUGUUGCUUUGUUGUGGCAUCGUGCCUUUCCUCACAACAAAGGAAAGCCCGUCGAUUCAGCACCGAAGGCAUAUGCGUCUCUCCAGAGGUUGAUACGGCCGUGUGUUUUUCGAUUUAAGUGCUCGAGACGCUCAUAUCAACAGUGGAAACAGUAAAUACUGUUUAAACCCUUAUAUCGCGAUCGCGCUACCUUGCAACGCCUGCGAGUCGCAAUCUUUAAAGAAUGUACGGUGUGAUAAAGAAAAUAUCCAGUGCUCACGGAAAGCGAAAAUUUUUGUCAGUAUACUAAAUAUAAAUGUAUCAUCAGAAUGAAACAUACGCAAAUCACGCUAAUAUGCAAGAUGGCGCUGAACGCCACCAAUGAGCUGAAACUACAGUUCUCGAGAAUUCGCUUGUACAUGACCUUAUCUGACAGAUUACAAACCAAACACCAUCUGAGUGAGAAUUCCUACUGAGAGUUAUCUCAGCAAGAAUAGCACGUAACUCCUCAAUUUCAAAUAGAAUGGUGACCGACAAAUUUUCACGAGCACUUUUUUUAAUAUUCUCCGAGGUGCACAAGACCAGACUAUUCGAUAUGCUGACUUGUUGAGAUCGCAACACCACGCAAGCUUGCUAUCGAACCAAACCCGCAGUGUUCAAUGGUUACAAUAUUUAAAUGUUAACGUUGUGACAUGUUCUAACUUGGUUUUGAGGCCUCGUGAUCUCUUUUGCAACUUCAGAGGCAGUGAAAAAGUUUUUUAAAAAAAUGCUUCGAAGUGCACUCAGCAUGAUGUACUUCCUGCUUCGAGCAAAUAUUUCGAAUGUUUUGUCUGCCGCUGUGUAGAACACUGUUUUGCCGGCGCGUUCGAAGUGAUCUGCUCCAUUGAUGUGUUUGUGGUGGAUGUACCAAACGCUAUUUGCCUCUGACUGGUUACUCGCACAGGAACGUAUGUACACACCGCUAUUGCUAAAGAUCGCUAGCUUUACCGGGGGAAUCCAUAUGGAGUAGUUAAAAGCAAGAAGUCUCCGGUUACACCAUUUCACGUUUCUGCCUAGCUGUGCCUAAAAAAAAGCGUUUGGCACUGCUUUUUGAGGGCAAGUCGCACAGCGCAAAAUAUACAGUCGAUAUUUUUGACAGCACAUUUGACAGUAUAAUUAAAAUGAAACACUCAGGCGCCAAUGUUUCAAGCACAUCAGGGUCUCGUACAGCAGAAGUUAUGACCAACCCCUUUCACCAGCAGAGUCUCGCUGCUAUUGUGCGUCAAUCUCAGCUGAGUUUUCGGUGCAGAUUACUCGGAGGAAGUGACAGCGAAAGUGUCGCAUAUAUGAGAUAAAGGCCGUAACAUUCAAUCAGCGGGCCACAACUCGAACGCUUUCUACAAACGCCGAAGUCUGCUUCUACAGCACAAUCUUCUAGUUUUUGGUUUGUCUUGCUUUGUUUUUAAAUCUAGAGGUUCAACUUUCGAAAACGUCUCAAAUAGGUCUUUAUUUAUCUUUCUUUCUUUUUUUCUUGCACAUGGCUACGUCAUGUCACGGUUCGCACUGCCGCUUGUGCACGCUGUCAAUUUUCCGUUGUCGUCGCGAGUGGUGACAUGCGAGUCCAAACGGCGCCUUCAAUAACCGAAAUAUCGACCACGUGCUUCUGACCCGUCUCGUAUCCAUUCAACUGUGUGACAGACAAUCGCGUAGCGAGUGCGUCGUCUUGCAUUGCUUUCAAAACGACUGAAAGAGUGAAAAGCGUAGAAAGCAAACUUUUCAGAAGAUAAUUUACGUAAAAAACAAACACUUCUUCUUUUCCUUUUCUUUUUUUCUUUUGAAUUUUCCCCGGCGUCCGCCCCGCAAACGUUGUUCGUUGAUCAGCAGUGUUUACAAAGGCAUGUCUUAACAGUGUUGCAAUGCCACCUUCCAAUACCACAGUAACCCUUCUGCUCACAGAGCGUCGAAUAUCAAAAAUAGGACGACCGGAAAACGUCGAAAAUCACGUCGAGCAUCGAUCCUAAGGUGGAGCUCCCAUUCAUCAAGAAGACUUGACAGCUUCUCGGGAAAAAAAAAUAAUUUCAUGCGCUUGGGGCGUAAAUAUCCUAGACAGAAAGUCGUGCAGUCUCUCGUAAUGUACGCCGACACGCAUUUCUUAGUCGGGAUUUGGGCGACAAUGCGUAAAGAACUGAAAGGUGUACUACAUCGACCUAUUUUUGUCAAGCUCGCCCGACAAAACGCGGAUGCGAUUUUAAAAAGUAAGAGCAGCUUACUUGCUCUGAAAAUAGAAAAUUGCUUCUGUGUGCAGAAUUCGGCGAAAGUAAACUGCCCGCUGUCUGGCGUGAAAUUUCAUCCCCUGACAUUCGUAGCCAUUUUCAUAUUUUAAAUAAUAAGAAAAGAAAGGAAGAAAGAAAGCCGUGAACAUCAGCGUGGUGGGAUAUUGAAGAGCUUCCGUUAUCAGACAAGCGUAUUAGAGCCAGAGAGAAUUACCCUUUUUUUUUUUUGCCUUUUCUCAGUCAUUCAUGCAAAGCUAAAAGUAAUGCCAUACUGCGUUUGUGAUCUUACAAGUCAUUUGUACUUACGAUCGUUACCCAACGUCGUUAGCGGCGAGACUGAACUCCCACACUCUGUUCAGAAAUUAUUAUUAUUAUUAUUAUUAUUAUUAUUAUUAUUAUUAUUAUUAUUAUUAUUAUUAUUAUUAUUAUUAUUUAGCAUAACAAAGCGAAAGAAAAACGGGCUAGCAAUUGUCUCCUAAAAGAGACACCACGCCCACCCAUUUGCAGAGCAAUGAAAACAAGAUAGAAAGAAGAAGAAAAAAAAACAGGAGAAUAAAGAAUACAUCACACAGUCACACGCAGAGCACUAGCGUUGCAUACAAGUCUAGUCCCGUGAUUGGCAAAAGCUCCGGUACAGCUUUGCGAGCCUUAUAUAGAGUUCACGCGCAACCUUUCGGAAACAACAUAUCAUUAAGAGGAAGAUUUAGGUCGGCGGCCUCCUAUCCAAAUACAUGGGAAAGGAGAAACCAUUUUUCUCGGCAACCACUGCAGUGAAUUUGAGGAAGUUUGUUGUAUUUAAAAAGAAAAAGUUAAAAUCCAGUGGCUGUUGGAAGCAGAUUUUUUCAUUUAGAACAUCGAUUUUCUUUUUAAUGAAAAUUUGCCGGAAAUCGCACAUUUUUAGAAAACAAAACUACCUAUUUUACAACUCCGUAACUAAGCAGCAAGAAAAUGAUAUCACAUUUCUGUAAAUCACGUCUAAUAGUACAUCUAAAACGGACAAAAUUGAUUGCGUUCUACAGUGCUCUGCAAUAUACUCUUCUUAUGCGAGCUUAACGUUUGCAACAACCUGCUGAACAGUGUAAUAAAUUCACGUAAACCACAAAUUUAUACAUCAAAUUUGUCCGCUUUAGGCGCUCUAACGGAUGCAGUUUCCAGAGCAGCGACAUCUGUUGUUGCUUCGGAGGCACAAAUUUAUAAACUUCGGGUUUCCUUUUGAAACAACCUUUGUAAAAAGAUCGUUUAAGUUCGCUUAAGAUCUUCGUCAAAAAAAUUGAGAUCCUAAAUGAAAAAUUUUGCUUCCAACAGCCACUACAAUUUAACUUUCUUUCUAAAAUGCAACAAACCUCCUUAAAAUCGGCCCAGAGGUUAUCUAAGGAAAGUGUUUCUGUGUUUUACAUAUGUCUGAAUAGGCGGCAUCACAGCUGGGCCCGAGCUAAAGCUUCUUCUUAGUCGCAGCUCUUGCAAUAUUGCUGAAAUUUACUCAGCAGCACACCGAAGAAAGUUGGACAGUCUAAGGACGAGUGCUGAAGCGUUUCGCUGGAGGAAUUCCCAGCGAAACACAGUUCGCCGCCAAGUAAAUUUGAGCGCUUAAAAGCGAAGUGUUCAAAAGAAAAGUUGCUCAAAUCCGGCUUUGAGUAACUGUAGACGGCCAUAAGGUGUAAAAAAAAGUUGUUGUUUUUUCUGUCCUUAGUGAACGUCCUGACAAGAGUUCGAUGGGGACAACAAUUUUAGUGUAUUAUGCUGCUUUUAGCUACCGUCUAAUGCUUUAAAUUAUCUCGGAGAUCUACCUAUACAGAGCACAAGGACAGACGUUCAGGUUGAAGAUUCGAUAUACCCUGCUAUCACGGAACGUGACCGAUUCAGUUUCGUUACCGGGCCCGGCAGCACCUUCUAGCGAAGCUGUGACCCUCUUCAGGAUAACUUCUUCUUGGGCGGGUUGGCUUUUGCUUAACGCGAUCCUUUUAGCGCAAAAACUCGAAAAUGAAAGAUAACAGAGGGGAACGAGAGGAAAGGAAACAUGAGCGCUGCUGUAGCGUACGUCUCUUGUCGAGUCUUUGCGCUACGAAGAUCAUGUUGCGGCCGUCUUCAUUUCCCAGGCGUUCGCACUCUAUAAAAAAAACGAGGUUAACGCUUUUAAGGCUGCGACGAAUUCCCUUUCACAAACGAUGCAGCUAAAUAAAGAAAUACAGCCUUGAAAGCGUGCUUCCCCACAACUAUAAUCAUAAUGUGGAAAAGCCUACUUCGCCCCUUAUGUGAUAACUGAAUUUUUUCAGAUGCCGUCCGUUCGUACGAUCGGGACCCUCCUUUCGCCGAGCGCAUUUCUUGGUGGACACUGUAAAUUAUUGCAGCGUCCUCCAUCGACGUAGUAACGUGACAAACAAGGACCGACGGCGUCGAUGAGAGAGAGCGCGCGCAUAAAAACACGCACUGGUAUUGUCCGCAGAGCAGGUUGCGGGCGGUGAUGAAUUCGAGGAGACUAACGUCCCAUGUGGUUACCAGGGGCGCCGUGGUGUAGGGCUCCAGAUCCAUUCUGACCAUCUAAGGUUGCUUAACCUGAGCCCAAAUUAAAGUAUAGGAGAGUUUUCUUCUUUCUUUCUUUUUUUCAUUUCGCCCCCAGGGGAAUGCAGCCACCGACGCUGGGACUCGAACCCUCGACUUCGUGCUCUACAGCGGGACGCCACAGUCUCCGUUACGCCGCGGUGGGCAGGCGUGAUUAAAUUUUAUUAGCGCUGACCCGAUGGUGCAAUGUUUAUGCGGAAUACACGAAGCUGAUUCUGACUUUCUUUCUUUCUUUCUUUCUUUCUUUCUUUCUUUCUUUCUUUCUUUCUUUCUUUCUUUCUUUCUUCUUCUUCUUCUCUUUUUCUUUUUAAGCGAACUGAGCUUGUAUUGAGCUGUGCAGACAGUUUUGCUCGCCGUUAUUCAUGCUAGCGAUUUCGAUGAUGGAGGAACUGAUUGAGAAAUACGAACUGACAGAGAACAAGGUGAAGACGUGGAUUUGCAGAAAGGUUUAAAAUAGUCAAUAUAACAGCAGUGAAGCCCGGAGCACAUAAGCUGUACUGAUGAAAGCACUAUCCUCUACCGUACAAAGCAACUUGUCAAUUACUCUCCGACGACAACACAAAGCGUCUAAAUGAGACUGCCAAAGACAAAACAAGACUUUUGCCGGGUCCUUUCAUCGGCGAAGUGACCUCGCUACCCAAUAGAGCACAAGUUGGUACAAACCGAAGUAAUUAGUCAAAACGUUGCACGUUUCUCGACACUUGUUUCAACACGAUUGUAGAACUACUGAAUAAAAGACUUAUAGAAAUUCGCUUAUAAAGUUGCAUUAGAUAUAAAAUUUACACCGUUUGUAUAUGAAUGCCUCACAAAGGUAGGCGCUGAAAUGACGUCUUUUCAACGGAGACAAGGGCUUUAAUAGGAACUAUGAAGAUGCCCGCACCAGAAAGCGAUCAUCACACGGUCAUUUUCUUUGUGCGUUACACGCCAGUUCCUCAAGCAUAUAUUUACUACACCAAUGUUAUAUACCUACUUGCUGUGCAAAAUGAAGUUUGACCAUUCAUUCGCUUCAUUUAUUGACUUCUGAAUGGAAACCCGAGAUAGGGCAGUCGCUAGGCAGCUGGUGAGUGGAUCAAACAUCGCACAACAGUGGGAUCACGAGAUAGCCGUCGCCAUUAUCGUUUUGUGACGCCGCUCAAUCGCAGCCUCCGAGAUGACCAAGGACAGUGACCUCGAUCUCGGAGGCCACAGCUUAAUUCUUUGACGCGUUAGAUACAUGUGGGUUUAAUAUUGCGUAGCACUCCAGUCAGUCUUUUCGUUUUUGUUCUUGCUUUUGUUUUCUAGGAACUGAUUAGUUUUCGCUUGUUUGUGUCCGUGCGUAAUUAGACCGACACUUCUGUUAUCCUUAUGAUGAAAACAUAGUUGUCUCUUUGCUAUCCCCUUAGUCUUUCUUUUUCCACGCCACGUCAGUCUUGUUGCAGUGUCAUCGUAUUGCUCACUUGUGUCCGUGUUGUUCAGUGCUCGCGUAGUUUGCUUGUGCCGUUCUUUGCAGUGAACUUUGUGCGCUUGUAAAAGCUUGUGUGCAGUAGAGCAUUUACUAGUUCAUUUAUCGAGGUGACAGUGGUUCGUAUUGCAUCGUGUCCCCACUAUUUUUUUUGCUUGAAUUACAGUUCUAUUGGUUAAUAUUUUAUGAUGCGUCCCCGCAAGGGAACAUGAAAUGAAUAAAACGGAGGAACCGCCUAAACUCAUUUUUUGGAAACAUACCGACGGCAGUAUCUAGUAGAAAAUACUUUUUUCUAUCUUUAUGAUUUGUGUACCAGAGUACAGAGAGAAAAUUAUUUCCUUCUCCAGAAAGCAGAUCUUAAAUAUUGAAGCUGUUCCUCUUUGCAGUGGUUCAAAGCGCAUGCACAUAAAUAAAUGAAUGCCCGUAAAAACAGUGCCUCACGAACAAAAACAGUAACUCGCAACGUACGGCGUUGAAAACAACUAUAAUCUUCCUAAGCGCCGUCUAUGGCAAGUACUAUACAUGCUAGAACAAGGCGACAGACUUGUGUAGCUGUAUUUUGCAUACUGUGUUCAUCGAAAAAACGAAAACAGUUGUUACAAAUUUUGUCAGUUGCGGUCCGUUUCGAGCAAUAACGCUUCCUCGGUUUGUUUGCGCGCAAUGCCGUUUUCGUUCUCAUUGGUCGCAAGUGCGCAACGUAUUCGGCGGAAGCGUUUAUCGCUUACUGCUCUUGUAACGAAGUGAAUAAAGAAAUAUUCUUUUUCAA